AUGAUCAGCUUCAGCAGAGCAGCAGCAGCAGCAGAAGAAGGUGACUUGUCACUGCCAGUGGGGUUUAGAUUUCGUCCCACAGAUGAAGAGCUGGUGGACUACUAUUUGAAGAAUAAGGUGCAGGGCACGGAUUUCCAUGCCGAAGGCAUCAUUGAUGAAAUUGAUAUCCUCAAGUUCGAGCCAUGGGAUUUAGUUGCGAAAUCGUUGAUGAAGCCGGACGAUGAGAACGGGUUCUUCUUCAGUCAACCAGAGUACACUUCAAAAAAUAAAACCAAGAGGAGCACAGAGGUAGGCUUUUGGAAGAUAACGGGCAGAGAACAUGACAUCAGGACUCGAGACGGGAGAAGAACCGUCAUCGGCAAAAAGAGGAUUCUGACCUUUUACACAGGUCAUGGUCGCAAUUCCGACAAGACCAACUGGGUUAUGCAUGAGUAUUAUAUCCCUAAAGCCCAUCCUAAUGCCAACCAGAGGGACUUCGUUCUCUGUCACUUGAAGAAAAAUGUGAAAAAUUCAGAUGAGAUUCAUACUGAUGUUGCAACAACCUGUGAUGAAGGUGAACCUAGUACUCGCAAUGCAUUUGAUGUCGAAAAUCAACCAAAACAUGGCAUGGAUAUUCAAGAGGAAGAUACUCAACAACCAGAAAAUCUGGACUACUUUGAGCAGGCAAAGGAUCGUUGGCUUGCAAGUUCCUGUAGCAAUAAUGAUCACAAUGCGACAUUUGCAGAUAAUGACUCGGCGUCUGAACUUGAAGAGCGCUUAAGACCGUUCAACACAAAACCAUUCCAUGCAGGGGAGCUGAGUUUAGAAAUGCUUUAUGAACUACAAGAUGGUUCGAGCCAGUCCAUACAAGAUACAGAUAUUAUGCUUCAUAACCAGUUAUCCAGACAGGCUGCUUCCACUGUCAAUGUAGCACCCAAACCUCAGACUGAUCGAGUUCAAUUAGAGACUGGUAUUGCUCUUAGAAAAUACGGAAUACGACUGCGAUCAGAUCGCAUUGCCUUAAGGGAUACUUCCGCUGACGAAUAUUAUACAAGGGAAAAAACAAGCAGAAUAACAUAUCCACCAGAAAAGGCCAAAGAACCUGAAAAACCUAAACCUGCAGCAGAAAAGCCCAAAGCACCUGCUUAUCAUCGAACUGCUGCUGAUUUGGCCGAGAAGCAGAUCUCUAUAACAAAGUCUAGCAUAGACAAGAAGGUGCCUCAAGGCAGUAUGGAGCAGACACAGAAUAGAACAACCCCCGGAAAUUGGAAGCGUUCCUUCAUUACCUGGCAAACAUCCCCAUUGAAAAGUCCCCCAUCAGUCUACAUUUUCAACACGGUUCUAGGCACAAUUUUGUUCUUGUUUUGUGUCCGGGAAGUAGUUUUAUAUGGGGAGUGGAGCUAA